UUCCGGGUGCUAGCAUCUUCUCCUGCUGCGUAGUGUGACGUGCGUGUUUUUUUGUUGUGCGUGUGCCUGUGUAUACGUAUACCGACCCGUUCGCCCGAUUCCCGUUUCCUGCGCUGGAGGAUCGUCGUUCUAUUUGCUUUGAGCCCGUUUUUUGUUUACACUCGCCAGAGUGUGUGUGCUGUGCAGGUGCAUUGUGCAACGUCGUCCAAAAGCGGUGUGUGCUGCUGUGUGUUUCGAGCGUGGCGAGUGCGUCACUUGCGCGUCAACCGAGAUCAACGGUCCGUGGAAGUGGAAGAUCACGCACGCAUUGCAGCAGCAGUAGUGGUAGUGUACGCAUCUUGACACUUGUCGUGUGACAGCGGUGCAAUUUACAACAAAUCCCUGAUCGUAAACAACCGGCGCGAUCAAAACGAACGUAUCGAACGCAGUGAUAAGAAGGAGUUUUCUUGGAGCCACUUUCGGUGUUUGUGUGUUUGUGCAGUUAUGGAACUGUGAUCUCAACGCUUGCCGUACAAAGAACUUCCACCUAGUGCAUCAAAAACAGUUGCAGUAGAACCCACACUCCAAAGACUCGGUGAAAAGGAAACAGAUCCAGCUAGCUCCAGAGACUUCAACCACCACCCUACAGAUUGUUCUAGCCGGCCACAGAAGAAAAAAACAGCAACAAGAUGAACUGGCGUCCCGCAAACUUACUACUAUUUUCCGUCUGCUUCCUGGCGGUGGCCCAACAGUUCGUGCAGGCCCGCGUUGCCUUCGAGAAGCUAACCGACUACGACUUCCAGGGAACGACGUACUACAGCGUCAAAAAUUUGUCACUGUAUGAGUGUCAAGGUUGGUGCCGGGAGGAACCGGACUGCCAAGCGGCUGCGUUCAGCUUCGUCGUCAAUCCGUUGACCCCUGCCCAGGAGACGCUGUGUCAGCUGCAGAACGUGACGGCAGCUAACAACCCGGCCAGCACACCGCAGCGUUCCUCCAGCAUGUACUACAUGGUGAAGCUGCAGCUACGGUCCGAAAAUGCUUGCCAGCGGCCAUGGAAUUUCGAGCGCGUACCGAACAAGAUCAUACGCGGUCUGGAUAACGCUCUGAUCUACACCAGCACGAAGGAAGCCUGUCUGUCGGCGUGCCUGAACGAGAAGCGUUUCAUCUGCCGUUCGGUCGAGUACGACUACAACAACAUGAAGUGUGUACUGAGCGAUUCCGACCGCCGAUCCGUCGGUCAGUUCGUGCAGCUCGUGGAUGCGCAGGGUGUCGACUACUUCGAGAACCUGUGCCUAAAACCAAGCCAGGCCUGUAAGUUUAGCCGCCAGUUCCAGCUGCCACGCAUCGGCGUAUCGGACGACAAGGUGUCCCAGUACGUUGGGCUGCACUACUACACCGACAAGGAGCUGCAGGUGACGUCCGACACGGCGUGCAAGCUGGCUUGCGAAAUCGAAAGCGAGUUCCUGUGCCGUUCGUUCCUGUACCUUGGCCAGCCAACCGGUUCGCAGUACAACUGCCGGCUGUACCAUCUCGACCACAAGUCACUGCCCGAUGGACCCUCGACCUACCUGAACGGUGAACGACCUCUGAUCGAUGUCGGCGAGCCGAGCGGCGAUUACUUUGAGAACAUUUGCGAAAAGCAAUCGAAUCAGGCUGAAAAUACGCUCCCCGUUGUGUUUGACACCGUAGAGGAUCCGGCCGUUAACAACCUCACCCGAAACGAUGCUAACUGCGACAAAACUGGAACUUGUUACGAUGUGUCGGUUCACUGCAAGGACACCCGUAUUGCUGUGCAAGUGCGCACCAACAAACCGUUCAACGGACGUAUCUACGCACUGGGACGCUCGGAAACCUGUAACAUUGAUGUCAUCAAUUCCGACACCUUCCGGCUGGACCUCACCAUGGGCGGACAGGAUUGUAACACGCAGAGCGCGACCGGCAUCUACAGUAACACCGUGGUCCUGCAGCACCAUUCGGUCGUGAUGACGAAGGCGGACAAAAUCUACAAGGUCAAGUGUACGUACGACAUGAGCUCGAAGAACAUUUCCUUCGGCAUGUUGCCGAUCCGUGAUCCGGAGAUGAUUCACAUCAACUCGUCGCCGGAAGCACCACCGCCAAGGAUCCGCAUUCUCGAUGCUCGUGCUCGCGAGGUAGAAACGGUACGCAUCGGAGACCGUUUGACGUUCCGCAUCGAAAUUCCCGAGGACACUCCCUACGGUAUCUUCGCCCGAUCGUGCGUUGCCAUGGCAAAGGAUUCCAAGAGCACGUUCCAGAUCAUCGACGACGAUGGUUGCCCGGUCGAUCCGAGCAUCUUCCCAGCCUUCACCCAGGACGGCAAUGCGCUGCAAUCGAUUUACGAAGCGUUCCGCUUCACCGAGAGCUACGGUGUGAUCUUCCAGUGUAACGUCAAGUACUGUCUGGGACCGUGUGAACCAGCCGUUUGCGAGUGGGGACGCGAUUCCGUCGAAUCUUGGGGCAGAAAGCGUCGUUCCGUUACGGCCACCAAUGAUACCGUUGAGGAGGAAGAGGACAUGAACAUCUCGCAGGAGAUCUUGGUGUUGGACUUUGGUGAUGAGAAGAACCGUGACUUCCUGCGUAGCGAAGCCAGCACAGACUUUGGCAGAGAUAAGACCGUCACCAUCAUUGAGCCGUGUCCGACGAAGACGUCGGUGCUGGCACUGGCUGUGACCUGUGCGCUGAUGGUGCUGGUCUACCUGUCGACCUUGUUCUGCUACUACAUGAAGAAGUGGAUGCAGCCGCACAAAGUCAUGGCAUAGAAAGGGAGCGCUGUAACAACCGUGCUCGAUACCAUAAUCUAGGAUCUAGGCUCGAUGCCACACCGCCCGGUCCCCGGGGGAGACUGCUCCAGGCUGCGGGGUGGCAACGGUGGUAACAGCUAGCUGAACAAAAAUCGUCAUUCGUUUCGAACGCUAGCGUUCGUUUGCCAAAAAAAAAACACCCAAUUCUGGUGAAUGACUCUCCUUCCCAUAUUUCCCAAGCACGAUAGUAGUGGCAAGCGUAGGAAACAAAAUGGUCACCUCCCCUAGGGGGAUGGUUUUGGUUUUACUAUACAUUAUGUAUUUCCUUUUUGUUUUUAAAUUCGGAAACGCAUCACACUUAUCCCGAGCCUAGCAAAGCCGGUGGCCCAUUGCUUCAUCUUCUGGUUGCGUAUCCCACACCCUAGGAAGAUAGAAUCAUCGAUAGUAAACCCCACACACACCCACACACGUGCACUGGCACAUUUUCUUCAGGAUCAUUAGUAGCGUUAGGCAAGUAAUUAGUACACAUGUGCAUCACACACUGCUCACACAUCACCUCAUCAUUGUUGCUCACCAACCCCCACCCCCAUCCCCCAUUAUAACCCAUCGUCAGCUCUUCUAGCGAGAUUAUUCGAGGGGCGGGAUUAAAACAUACACCACGACACACAGCAUACUAGGAUAAUUCGUAACUAGGGAAAGGAUGUCGCGGUAGAUAAUAACAGUAGUAAUUGCGAAUCAGAAGCGCAUAGUAGCCACAGGCGACAACCUCUUUAUACAAUCUAUUCACACUUUCUAUUGAGUUUCCGAUUUGACGAUUUGAGCGGGCAGCACAGACAGGGAUAGGCAGGAGUACCGGUGGCACCUACCUCAGGUACAGGUGGCCCAGAAGGUAAUAAGUUUAGUAGAUUCUAGUUUGAUGUACUUUUGCUCCCGGUGUGGCAGAGCAGCAGCAUCAGAUCAUCUGUGCAGCAUACCGUCGCCUGCCUAGAUCGAACAAAUCGCUAACUUUAAAUAGAGAUUGGAAACAAUUAUUUAUUGAAACGGCAUGACGCAUCAUACGAAACAAUCCCACGUCCACACACUUCUACUUUAAAGUUAUUUAUUUCGAGUAAUGGAAACGAAGCAUGAGUGUCGCGCGCAAGAACACACGGGAAAGAGCAUUGCGAUCGAAAGGAUAUAACAUUUGCAAAGGGCACAUUGGAGCAGACGUCCGUAGUGAAUGGGGAUAGAGGAUAGAACUGAAGUGUGCUAGUUGAGCAGGAAGUAGGUUGACGAGGCAAAGCGAACACGUAAUUUAUUUUAUAAUUAUAAUCCAUUAUCACUCAUUCCCAUCUAGACAGGAUUUUUAUCAUCACCACACACACGCACACACAGUGUCACGUAAAACCUUUGCGACAUACGUUCCGGGCGUACUACAAUAAUACAACAGAUUCCUGACGUCACACACAAUGGCGGCUUAGCUGGUCGUGCUGCACAAUUCUAUAAAUAGUAUCCACCACCCCCGUGUCACAGCCCAAAAUUACGCCAACACCACUGUUUAGUUCCAUUUUUCGUUCCACAUAGCGUAUACUUUAACUAUUUAACGAGCAAACAGUAUCAAGAGACGGACACGGCGUUACGCACGUUUUCGCCCGUCGAUGAAUGCUUAUUUUAUGUGUAAAUAAUUUUAUCGAACGACAGAUCCAUUCAGAUGCUGCAGCAUGAUUGGAAUAAUAAAAGUAAAUAAACGAAAACUCAUUCUGAUUGCAAUAUUUUCGGUUCUAAGCGUAAUAUAACUGAAGCUAACUGAUUUCUUCUCUAGCCGCUACAAGCACAAGAGGUCUCGUCGGCCUUCCAUGACAUGGAAAACAGCCGUAGCCGGAUGAUCAGUACUGCUUUUUGGGAGGAGGUAUUUCAGUCUUCGCUUCCAACUCAUCGAACCGACCCGAAAUGAAAAUAAAAAUGGCAUAUUGGCGCAAUUACCAUCCACAUCCACGGAAGAUAAGGUCUACCAAAAAGUCGACAUGCCAAAAGCGGGAAGAAUGCGACCAGUGUUAUAUCAUCAUCGUUGCUAGGACCGUUACCGAUACCGAUCAACGCAAUUGCACCGUCUUAAUUUGAACCUUUGGGGCGGUCCGGCGGCCGAGGCGAU